GCUGGAGAACAUAUAUUCACCGUCUUAUUCCCCGAAAGAGCAGUCUGUAGGCUACUCGAGGAACGACCUACUUCAACAACCAAAUAAACCUUUGGGACAUAAUUAAUCUGAAGUUUUGAGCUCAUGGCAGCAAUACCACUGGGGGAAUAAACUAAGAUGAACUGAGGACAAUUUGGAAACAAAUAAUUACUCUGAAAAUAAAGAAGAACAAAGAAGAAGCUACUAUUGUUUAUGACAUCUUGUAUCAGUCAUCUUUUUUCACCAGAAAUCUCUAAAAAUGAGACACAUCGUCUGAGCUAAAAGAAGACACGCGGAAGUUACCCAAACUAAAGUACUGACAUUUAAAGAUUGCCAGCAAUAAUAUCGACAAGACACACUGCGGCGAUGGAUUCAGGCGGCAAGCAAGUAACCUUCCAGUUGAUGCUGACGGUGGGAGCAGCGGUGAUUGGCUCGCUGCAGUUCGGUUACAACACCGGUGUCAUCAACGCCCCUCAGAAGGUUAUUGAGAGCUUCCUCAACGAAACAUGGAACACACGCUACAAAGUCCAAAUCACCAAGACCUCCCUCACCACCCUGUGGUCCGUCUCCGUCGCCAUCUUCUCUGUCGGUGGUAUCUUCGGCUCCUUCUCCGUGGGCCUGUUUGUCAACCGCUUUGGCAGGAGGAACUCCAUGCUGAUGGCCAACGUGCUGGCCUUUGUCGCCGCUGCUUUAAUGGGCUUCUCUAAGCUAGGUGAGUCGUGGGAGAUGCUGAUCAUCGGGCGCUUCGUGGUGGGACUUUACUCCGGCCUCUCCACUGGCUUUGUACCCAUGUACGUGGGUGAGGUGGCCCCCACUGCCCUUCGAGGAGCCCUGGGUACCCUCCACCAGCUGGGCAUUGUCAUGGGCAUCCUGAUGGCACAGGUGUUUGGCAUGGAUGCCUUAAUGGGGAACGAGUUACUGUGGCCCUUCCUGCUGGGCUUCACCUUCAUCCCAGCCCUGGUGCAGUGUGCCCUGUUGCCCUUCUGCCCCGAGAGCCCCCGCUUCCUCCUCAUCAACCGCAACGAGGAGAACAAGGCCAAAACUGUCCUGAAGAAGCUGCGUGGGACCACAGACGUGAGUGCAGACAUGCAGGAGAUGAAGGAGGAGGCCAGGCAGAUGAUGAGGGAGAAGAAGGUGACCAUCCUGGAGCUGUUCCGCUCGCCACUCUACCGCCAGCCCAUCUUCAUCGCCAUCAUGCUCCAGCUCUCCCAGCAGCUGUCUGGCAUCAACGCUAUUUUCUACUAUUCUACCCGUAUCUUUGAGAAGGCCGGAGUUGCUCAGCCUGUUUAUGCUACAAUUGGUGCCGGCGUGGUCAACACAGCCUUCACUGUGGUGUCGCUGUUUGUGGUGGAGCGCGCUGGACGCAGGUCUCUCCACCUGCUGGGGCUGAUUGGAAUGGCAGGCGCUGCCGUCCUGAUGACCAUCGCUCUGGCUCUGCUGGACCAGCUGCCAUGGAUGUCCUACGUGAGUAUUGUGGCCAUAUUUGCCUUCGUAGCGUUCUUUGAGAUCGGCCCGGGUCCCAUCCCCUGGUUCAUCGUGGCUGAGCUGUUCUCCCAGGGACCCCGGCCCUCGGCCUUCGCUGUGGCUGGCUUCUCCAACUGGACUGCCAACUUCAUAGUGGGCAUGGCCUUCCAGUAUGUAGAGGAGUUGUGUGGCCCUUAUGUCUUCGUCAUCUUCACCAUACUGCUGCUCAGCUUCUUCAUCUUCACCUACUUCAAGGUGCCUGAGACCAAGGGCCGGACGUUUGACGAGAUCUCGGCCGGGUUCCGCCAGUCGGCUGGCACUGGGGGAGAGAAGCACUCGCCAGAGGAGCUUAACAGCCUGGGGGCUGACUCUCAGCUCUAAGCACCUGUCCCUCCCCUCUCCUCUCGUUCCACACCCCCUGAUGAGGCCCGGCCCUGAACCCUCCCUGACCACCCCAACCUGAGGGGACUACUCACUAACUGCGUGAAAACUACUAAACUGACACACUGGUUGUCAUUACAUUUCAGGCAUCUUCACCAAGCUGAGAACAGAUGCCCCGAUCCCCCCUCCUGAUCCCCUGUCUCAAUGUCUCUAGCUCCUUUCUCUUCUCAUCACAACACAAACUUGGUGUGAGCAGGGACAUGGGUGGAAGAGGGUGGCUUGGAAUGGUAGAUGGUUAGAAGAAGGAAAAGGGGGGUCUUCAAUUACACAACGUCAAAUGCUAAGUAACCUUUACUUUAUUUUCUCUUGCCUUACUCAUUUUGUCGGUUUAGAUAUCCAUGCUUAUGUCCCUUAUGCAGGUCUCAGUACUUCUCAUUGUAAGGGAUGAUUUUAAAGUUCAGAAUUUGUGUUUUUGUUCCCUUUGAUACUUGAUGAGACAGAGCAUACUGUAUAGCAACACUGUAGCCACAGCAAAUUUGAGCAAUUGGUGUGGAAUUGAAAUAUGACAUUUGUACUGUUUUCCAACAGGGGGAGCAGUCCUCAAUAAAAGGCCUUCUACUGUAUUGUACCGCAACUACACUUGCUUUGCCAGUCCAGAGGGACUAAACCACAACUAAUGGUUAUUCUGUUCCACAGAGGGAAUGUCUGAGGCUACAUAUAACAAUAUGUAUGUCUUUAUUACACAGACUCUCUGUUUAUGACCUACAUUAUUUACUGGAACAAUCAAGACCUUCAAGACAUUGCAUGCCAUGUAAAUAUUUUUUUUACCAACUCAUUUUGAACUUCUGUCCAGAUAGGUUUUUGAUUAUUUUAGGAAUAUUUGUUUCUUAUGGAAAAAUAAAUGAAAUCAUGAAUAGUCGUUUUUUAUGAGGUUUAUUUCUUAGUGAAUUACAAGCACUGUUACAAAAAUGCCAUCAAACAUUGGGUGAAUACUUUUGGGCUGUAAGUAUGUGUACAUUUUAUAUUUCAUUCCCAAGCUUUUAGACCAUUUGGGGUCAGACUCCCAACUAAUGUUCUAUGUUUAUAGAAAAGUAGUGAUUUUUGUUAUUGUAACUCCACAAUUAUUUUGCAUAGUUCAGCACUGUAGGGGCUGCUAUCUUGUUCAAUGAUGUUUUGUGACACAUAGCUGACAACCCUGUAUAAUUGGCUGAUUCAGCCGACACCACCUCUUGAUGUAGAGGUUCCUGUCUAUGACUGCUGUGCCACUUCAAGAAGGUUUCCUUUCUUGUUAUAAGGCAUUUUGAGGAAAGUUGUCUUUUUAGAAGCAUUUUAUCAUCCACAGUGUUGGUUGUGUUGUCACAAAAAAUAUUCCAUAAUAGUAGUUGGAGCAUGGAUCAAAACAUUCUACAAAAUAUGGAACCCCGUUAUGUUACUGCAAAGAGACUGGGUUAGAUGUCAUUGUUAUUAUUAUUAUUAUUAUUAUUAUUAUUAUUAUUAUUAUUGUUUUUAACUACAUGGUCAGCCUAACCUAUCCCUACAUUCACAGAUCUAUGCUAUUAGAAAUCAAAAGGUAGGCAGAAUAUGUUUUACAAUCAAAUAUAGGCUAAUCCAGCGAGUCUAAAGUGAAAAUGGUUUUAAAGUGGUUUAAAUGGUUUUUGUAAUGGACCUUGACCCAAACAGAACUCCACAAGAAACAUCCAUUGUAAUCAUUCCAUGAUGACUUUGUGUGCAUUUACAUGCAUGAAAAUAUAUGAAUGUGUCUUUGAAAUUAUAUGGGACUCUUUAGUACUGUCUCCUCCCCCAACAAUGUGUCAGUUAAACACUGUAACCUCAUUGACUGUAAAUUGCCCUAAGCCAUCAAAUGGCAGGAUCAAUGUAGGCACCAAAGACUUGGCAAUAUGCCGGAUUGAACUCCGACCCUGUGAUGGAGUGCAAAAGAUGCACUUAUGGACUGAAAUCAAAUGCAAUGUACUUUGUGUGUUUAGUUUGACAAUUAUAUUUGGGCAUUUUAUGAACACAUUUAUUAACACAUGAUGUAUGCAUAAAACAGUUGAAUAAAUCCAUUACUGCACAGAAUGAGGCCACAAUACUUUUAAUGUAAAUACAAUAGAUAGUAGAGAACCCAAAUGUAUAAAAUAUUUUAUUUUAGUUACUACUUAUAAAGAGGAAUAUGACUAGUAUCGGUAGUUUCUAUUUUUGCAUAAUAAACACACCUGCCUUUAUUUUCUCUGAUUUACUCUCUGAAGAAAUAUUGUUUGAGAUAACUAUUAACACAAUCUUACUUCAGCUUUGAACAUGAACCAUUUAAUGAUAUAUACUAUUUAUUAGAUGUCUAAUUUAUUAGUGUUGUUUUUAUUUUCUCAAAAUGUUAGUACAAUAUUCAUUUACAUUUUGUAAAAGCGCCUGUGUGUAUGUUGGAUGGAUAUGAACCUCCAACAGAAAAUUAUUUUGUAAAACAGUGUGCUAUGAUGUCAAUGCCCUGACGGUUUUCUUUUCUUUUGUAAGAUGUGUGGUUUGAUUUUUUAAUCAAUAAAAUAAAACAAUCAUACAGGAAAACAAUAAUUGA